UCCUAGAGUACCGAGCACUCGCAUCCGAUAUACCUCGGCAGGCAGUCGCCAACGAAGAGGCACGCGAAAGUGAUUCCCGUUCUUCAUUCUUCAUCUCUCAUUCUGCAUCUCGGCGAGGUGCAAUUUGAACGGAGUUCUGUCACGCUCUGACCCCGCCAUCCAGACCGUUCCUUCCAAAACGAACACACCGAGAGUGGAUGUUCCUUUUCUUCAUUUUGUCACCGACUUUCCAUACUUCCUGUCCCUCUUAUCGGCGACGAUUGCCUAACCUCGCACCAUCGUCGUCUUUUUUGGUCCUUCGAGCCGGAUAUGCGAUAAAGGUUUGUUGUGAGUAAAUAUUGCGUUUUUUUUUUCGACCGAUUAUAGUCGACACAGAUAUGUUGACCGGUGAUUUGGACAAGAGAGUUUCAGCAAAUCCGGAGGUAUGACUACAACGGCAGUGCCGAAGAUAAGAGUGGUGGUUUUGGGAAGUGCCAAAGUUGGAAAAUCGGCUGUAACAGUCCGUUACUUAACCAAACGAUACAUUGGAGAGUACAGUUCUUCCAUGGAUUAUUUCUAUAGACACCACGUUGAGUUCGACACAGUAAGGACAGAGGUAGAAAUUUUGGACACGUCGAACUGUGAGAAAAAAGGUUGCCUCUAUGAACACAUCAGGUGGGGAGAAGCCUUCGCCAUAGUUUACGCUGUGAACGAUCGGCACAGUUUUCAUGAAGCUCAAGAAAUUCUAAACCAAUUGACCAAGUUGAAGUUGCCAUCAUAUUAUACUAGUUUGCUACUGGGGAACAAGAAAGACUUGGAACAUUGCAGAGAAGUAUGCGUGGAUGAUGGCCAUGAACUCUCACUCAAGUAUAGCUGUCAAUUCUACGAAGUCAGUGCGGCAGAGAAUUUUGCAGGAGUAUCUCUAGCGUUCCAAUCUUUACUUAGGGAAGCAAGAUCUGUGCAGUUGCUGAAAUCGUUACCUAUUAGAAGAAAAUUAGGAGUAAAUAGUGUAUCGAAAGUUUUAGGAAAUAUAUUCGGCAAAAACUCUAAAGGUGAUCGGAAGAAGAGACCGUCUUUGAGUAUAUGAGUGCAAUAUAACUAGUGAUAAAAUUGUUCAAUAAUGCAACGCGAUAGACUGAAAUUAUUUUAAUUUAUUCGAAAAGUUAUUUUUCAUAAAAAUGCCUUGUAACUUGAAAAAAAAUUCAAUCAAAUGUUGGAUUGUGAUUAUAGUGUUUCUGGUUGAGAAUAAAACUGCUAUUUAGUUUCAUUUCCUUAAAA